GUCGAAUAAUGUGAUCGUGCCAGCGUGUAAAUUGCACGGAACACAGAGCCAAAAUUGGCAAAAUAUAUUUUCGGUUUGCGUUUCAAUCGUACACAACGCAAUUAUGACAAGAAUAAGCCGUACAAGAGAUUUAUUUCUCUUCUUUAUGGCAGUCAUUUACCUUGCUGCAUUUUGUUCCUUAUAUGUACAAAUUCCUGGUCUGUAUGGUGAAAAUGGAAUCUUGCCAGCAAAAUCAGUAAUUGGUAAAGAAGCAGACAGUUGGGAUGACUUGCUUGACUCGCAGCCCACUUUGCUGAAGCUCACACCAAAGCUUGGCCUCAGUGUUCAGCAAGGGAUGGAUUUACUAUGUAUGGCAGGCAUGGUGGUAUCUUUCCUUUGUGUUGUGUGCAAAACUAUGAGAGAUACUGUCUCAUUUAUUCUGCUUUGGAUGCUUUACUUUUCGCUUUACCAGGUUGGACAGACAUUUCUUUGGUUCCAGUGGGAUAUUUUACUGUUGGAGGCGGGUUUUCUGACUAUACUAGUGGCACCAUUUAAUCUACAGAUACCUGUAAAGAAGUUCAGACUGUCAUUUUACCACCAGCAUGAUAGUAUCACACUAUGGUUGGUCCGGUGGUUGCUGUUUCGACUGAUGUUCUCGUCUGGUGUCGUAAAGCUCACCAGUAAAUGCCCAACAUGGUGGGGUCUAACUGCAUUAAACUGGCACUUUGAAUCUCAGUGUAUUCCUACUCCAUUGGCAUGGUGGUGGCACCAUUUACCACACUGGUUCCUACAGCUGAGUGUAGUAAUGACCUAUGUUAUAGAAAUAGCUAUACCAUUCCUGUUCUUUGCUCCAGUACGGUCACUACGUCUGUUCUCCUUCUGGUGUCAGGUACUGCUACAAUUGUUGAUCAUCGUGACAGGAAAUUACAAUUUUUUCAACCUGCUCACAAUAGCACUGAGUAUUGCUCUAUUAGAUGAUGAUUUUCUCGGCUAUCGCAAUAAAAAGUCAACAUCAUCUUCAAGUAUAAUCAACAAGUUAAUGAGUGUAGUUGUGUUUGGUUACCUAGGUUACCAGACUGUUAAACAGUUUGGACUGAAUCUGAAAGAUGAUUAUACUAUAGGUUCUAAAAUUGCUUUCUCUCAGAAGGACUUUGACCGGUUCCUGUCAGUGGUAGUGCCUUGGACUAUUUGGUUUGGUGCUUUUUCAUUUGCUUUUGAGGUGCUGGUGGCUCUAAUAAGAUGCUAUACAGAGGUAAAGGGCAGUUUUUGGAAAAACUGGGCUGCUACUCAGGUUUUAAUAUACACUGUGAUUGGAGCCACUAUGUUUGCCAUCUCCUUAGUACCAUAUUCCAGCCUUCACAGGGAUGCAGAGAAAAUAGUGCCACCACAGGCAAAGACUCUCCACUCUAGAGUGAACAACUUCCAUCUUACCAGCUCAUAUGGAUUGUUCAGACGAAUGACAGGUGUGGGAGGCCGACCUGAAGUUGUUAUAGAGGGAAGUAACUCUCGAGACUCUGGAUGGAGGGAGUACGAAUUCUUCUAUAAACCUGGAGAUCUUGGCAGACGACCUCCAGUUGUUGCUCCUCACCAGCCUAGGCUGGACUGGCAGAUGUGGUUUGCAGCUCUUGGAAGUUAUCAACAUAACACCUGGUUCUUGAAUCUUGCCUAUCGUCUGCUGACAAACGAGAGGGACGUCCUAGAGUUGAUCCAGUACAAUCCAUUCCCAGAUAAACCACCAAAAUAUCUCCGAGCACAACUCUAUAAAUAUCACUUUUCGAAAGAUGGAGGUGUCAAACUGAAUGGAGGUAAAUGGUGGACAAGAGAGCUGACAGGAGAAUAUUUACCUGUUGUAACCAAAGAUGAGCCUACUUUAGUCAACUUUCUCCAACAACAAGGACUCCUUGAUGCAAAGAGCAAGAAAUCAAAGAAAUCCAAGUCAUCUUCGUCAUUUGUUGCGAGAGCCGUACAGUGGUUACGAGACAUGAUCGGACAACCUGAAGGAUUUAUGUUUGUUAUGACAGUGCUUUUAACAGCAGUGACAGCCAAUUUUAUACUAGCAACAAUAAUGUCGUAGACCGUCUCCUUACAGGGAAAUAGGCUUUCCAGUGUUUUCUCUAUAGUUCAGACUUAGAAUAUUUAAUGCCUUGUUUCAACAUUUUUGGCAGUUUCUUUUUUUUCUCUGUAACAAUUAUUUCUGCAUUGGAGCCUACAUUUGAACACACAGAACAAUAUUUAAAUGGAAAGGAAGCUGUGACAUCAUACACUUCAAAUCUGUAUAGGGAUUUUUUAUCCUGCAAGUUCACAUUUUUGCAAAAUUUGUCCAGACCAUGUUUGAGACAAGAAAAUUUACCAAUAUGUAUGCCGCCAUGUUAUCAACAAUUUGUUAUGGUAAUCAACAGAUGUUGCAAAAAAGUAAAUAAAACCAAAAAAGAUGAAAAAGAUGUGAAUUAUUCUCAGUAAUAGAUGAAAAUGUAAAAAAUGAACAAAUGAAAGAUGGACAGUUAGUGAUAUUUUAGUGUGGUGAGGGUUAAAUUGCUUUAAAAAAAUACUGGAAAGCCUAUGAAAAUCAAUGCAAAAUAUAUGUACUGACUUUUGUCAUUAAAAUUCCAGCUAUGUGUACAAUAAUGUCAUUUUUUUUAAAAGUUUGUAAUUUUUGUAAAAAGAUAACAAUGUCUUUGCAAGUAGUGUAGUUAUGUAAAAAUAAUUUUGAUUUUUUUCUCCAAUAUGGAGUAUAAAUGAUUUGAAAACAUGAGAUUAAUUUUACUUAAUGUAAUGAAUGGCUGUUUUUUUUAAAAAUCUGAAGUGUUUUUCCACAUUGAUGAUUUAUAUGUUAGAUCAGUGGCAAAACUUGGUGCAUAUUUGAGCUGCGCUAUGACAAAACCAAGAUAAUGCGUUUGCGACCAGCAUGGAUCCAGACCAUCCUGCACAUCCGCGCAGCCUGAUCAGGAUCCAUGCUGUUUUCUUACACACCCUAUAACAAGUAGAGAAACUGGUAGCGAACAGCAUGGAUCCUGAUCAGACUGCGGGAAUGCACAGGCUUGUCUGGAACCAUGGUGGUUGCAAACGCAUAAUGUUGGUUUAGUCAUGGCGCGUCUCAUUUAUGUUUAGUUAAGUGCUUUAUUGUAUUUUAUAUACCUGUACAUGUAUAACUGGUUUGUUUUUGUUUGUUUUUGUGUUACCCUGAGUGUUCUGUCUUUCUUCCAAAAGUACAAGUCAAGUAGCAAAACCAGAGUUGCUGUGAAGAAAAAAAAUGUUGAAAAAAGAUGAUAAGCAAUUUAAGAGUGUUCCUUUGCAAAUGUAAUUAGCUUGCUGUUACCCUAGUCAAAAUAAUUAUAAUCAAUAUACAUAUAUAAUUCAUGUUGCCGUGUUCUCACAUUUUACUUAUUAAAAAAUCUAUACCACCUAGAUGCUUAUUGAUGUUAUUCAUUGAUUAUGGAUGGAUGAAAUCUCAUUUGUAGUCGGAUUCAGCCAUAUCUUAUUUCUUCUUGACCAUGAGGUUUAGAUCUGUUUUUAUGAAGUAUCAGGACUGCAUUAGUACAUAAAUAAAUCUUUGCUUUUUAUGAUUUUUUUUGUUUCGAAUUUUAUGAAAAAGCAAUGUCUUCUUUUUUUGUGCGCCAAGGAUGGGGCAGUUUUUGGUUUUUCUUUCUUUCAUAUUAAUGUUUCACCUAAAAAAUUUAAGUACUACUUUGAUUUUGAUUUUUGUGUGUUAAGGUGUCAAUAGAUUUUGCUGUACUGUUUCAGUUUAAUCUUGGAGCUCUGGUCUAAGUUGUAAUUUAUUUGAAGUUACUAUUAUACCUUUACUGAAAGUACUGUAUGACCCCAAAGAAUUGAACAUGCCAAAACUAGAUUUGAAAAUGGUUUCAAAGACAUUAAUAAUUGCAGACAACUUUUUUUAUGCCCCCGGGCAUAUAGUGGUUAACCUAGAACGGCAAGUUGGAUUUUUCUUACAUUCUACCUGUACCAAUGGCUUCUAAGUUUACACACUUACUAAUCAAUACAAAGUACAUGAUCUGGGCAAGUUACAUAACUCUGGUUUUCAUAUUUACCAAGUUAUUGCCCUUUUCAGCACUUAGAAAAUGAAUAAUGGUUAACCUAAAACGGCAAGUUGGAAAUAUCUUAAGUUCUAUCUAUACUAAUGGCUUUAUAAUUUCCACACUUACUUAUCAAUACAAAGUACAUGAUAUUGCCAAGUUAUAUAACUGUGUCAUCCAUAUUUCCCAGUUAUUUCCCUUUUUCACUUUGAAAAUAGGGCCUUGUCUGGUUAACCUAUUUCGGCAAGUUGGAUUUAUCUUAAAUUUCUCCUAAUUGCUUAAUUUCUUUAAUGAUUUCUUUCAUAUUUAGUAGGUGGAUACCUUUGAUGGUCCUCUAAUUUUUUGUGGAGUAAGCGGUCUCUAGGGUCAAGGUCACUGGUUUAAAAAUAAAUAUAAACAUUUUUGCUCAUACAGCCUUUAUAUUUUAGUUGAUGUUUUAGUUUAAUACAAACAUGCCAAAGGAGGUCCUCCUUCUUUGGGUGUAUUAAGGGGUCAUUUGGGUCAAGGUCAAUGUUACCAAUGUCAAGGUCACCAAUGUUAAAAAUAGAUUUUUACAGGUGUAUCGACCUUAUUCUAUAGACAGAUGUUAUUUAUAAUUGAUAGAAACAUAAACUUUGAUGGAGUUAGUGGUCAGUUGGGUCAAGGUCACCAGUGCUAAAAAUAAAUUUUUACACAUUUGCUCAUACAGCCUUUAUUAAGUGACAGAUGUAUUUUAUAUAUGGUAGGAAGAUAACUUGCAUGGUCAUCAUUUUGAUUUAGGUAGGGAUCAGUGGGUGCUAAAAAUAGAUUUUUACACUUUUGCCCAUACAGCUUUUAUUUAUUGACAGAUGUAUUUCAUAUUUGGUAGGAAGAUAACUUGCAUGGUAUUCUUCCUUUGGAUGGAGUAAGGUGUUAGUUGGGUCAAGGUCACCAGUGCUAAAAAUAGAUUUUUACACAUUUGCUCAUACAGCCUUUAUUUAUUGACAGAUGUAUUUCAUAUUUGGUAGGAAGAUAACUUACAUGGUAUUCUUCUUUUGGAUAGAGUUAGGGGUCAGUUUGGUUAAGGUCACUAGUGCUAAAAAUAGAUAUUUACACUUUUGCCUAUACAGCCUUUAUUUAAUGACAGAUGUAUUUCAUAUUUGGUAGGAAGAUAACUUGCAUGAAGUUGAAUAUUUUUCAUCUUCACAAGUCAGAGCAAUGACUUUGCAACUUAUAUUUUUCACAAUUACAAAAUGCUAUGACUUUGUCAAGCUAUAUAACUUGUGUUUACAAUUUUUUGGCAAUUUUUCUGUCCUUAACUGAGUGAAUGGGUAAACAUUUUUUGAAAUAUUGCUACUGACAAGAAUCUGAGCCGGGGGCAUUUGUGUUUAACAAGCACGUUCUUGUUGAAAGAUGAAAUGUUACACAACGAAAAGUGAAAAAUACCCAUAAUUAAGUUUAUUUUGUGUUGGUGGUGAUGAAAAGGAUUAUUUGUGUGUACAUUUGUCUAAUAUGGUAGAGAAUCAUUAAUACUAUUUUUGGCACAUUUAUUUGUAGGACAGUUCAAUUUUUUCCCUUACUUGGAUUGUUUGUUUUCUAUUUUAUGAAAAACUAUCUAUUUUCAUAUUAAAUUUUUAAUUCUCUGGAUUUCAUAGAAUUUAUUAUAAAUAUUAACCAUUUGGGACUAAUUAUCUAAAUUUAAAACUGCCAUUCAGUCCAUAUUUUCAUGCAGAUCAAAGAAUUUAUAAUAAUGACAACACAUUAUUAUGUCUGUCACAGUAGUUCUCACUUUUUAAUGUGCCAUAUUAUAAAGAAAUAUGUUUAAUCUUUAUUUUUUCUUUUUUUACAAUGUUUACAUAUGAACAUAUCUUUCUAAAAAUAUGGAAGCAAUACAAUAUUGUUGUGUUAUGUUUACAUUUUGCUCAAAAUUUGUUUGUGUGUGUGCAUGCAUGUGUGUUUGUCAAAGCUAGUCAAAUAACCCCUGGAAAUCCUUUGCAUGUUUAAUACACCUAUUUCUUAAAAGAAAAUGGAUAUAUGAAUUGCCCCAAUGGAGAGCGGUCAGGUGGCAUCCAGGAAGUAUUCUGUUUUGUUCUUGAGCAUGCAUGGAGGGAUUUAAGAAUACUUUACACAAAUGUUCACCACCAUGAAAUGCCACAUGUAUGAACCAGUUACUAGGUCAAAGUCACACAAGUAGGUCUUGGGUAAACACUUGUCUAGAGCAAAACUUUUACAUGAAUCAAGAGAUUUUAAUACAACUUGGCACACAUUUAAACCAUUGUAAGGCAAUUUGUCACACUCAUAAUUAGGUUCCUGUGGUGAAGGUGACUUAGUUCAAAGGUCAGAUAAAAGUAUGAAAAUAUAUGGACAAUUUCAGUCAUGCAUUCAGGGGUUAUAUAAUAUAUGUUCACCAUCAUGAGACUGAGUAGUGUCAUCAUAAUCUAGGUCAAUAUAUGCAAGGUCAAGCUCACAGGAGCUAAUGGUUUGCAUGGAUGGAUUUGGUGUUACUUGAUACAAAUGUUUGCCCUUAUGAGAUGUAGUGUUGCAUUUAUGAACCAUAUUUUAGAGACGAUUUAAUAAAAAAGUUUUGUCAGUAAGAUAUAUUCCAAUGCAAGGAGGGAUCUUGUUAGAAUUACUUGGAAAAGAUAUUUACCAUCAUUAAAUGUAUCAUUACACAUAUAAUGCAGGUGUAAGAGGUAAGAGGAAAGCAUGUGGAAGUUCUACAUACAUAGAGGCAUUGUUAUAUAACUUGGUACAAAUGUUCAACAUUACAAGGCAUAGUGUAGUGAAAAUUUAGGUCCAUUUUACAAAGGUCAAGGUCACCUGUUAAAGAAUGAAAUAAAAAAUGUGCAAAGUGAUCAUCACAUCAUGAAAUGUGGGAUUUUAAAAUUCAGAAUCCUGAUGUUACAGCAGCAUUUGUUCAGCCAUUCACUUCUUCAGGUAUACAUUUUACGAGAUCAACGUUAAUAAAUGCUAGUAUAUAUUCCUUUAUUUACUUUGUUAAUGUAUAUGCUUGUUUGUAUUUGCAUGCUUGCAUGUUAUAAUAUUUAGUCUGUCAUGUUUAGUAUUGUUAUUGUAGAGGUUUAACAACCAUAGAUCUUUUGCAAGUAAUAAAACUUCAUGAAGUUUUCUAUUUAUA